GGUAGUAAAAGGCCUUCUUCUCCAGUGCAAUUGAGCAAACAGGUGAUCCAUCGAUAUAUAAAAAUCACUUUGCUAUAGUUGCCACACACCACCUCGUUCUGAAGCGGCACCUACUUCACGCCCAGAGCACAGUGUCAGUGAGUGUACAGAGGGCAUGUACGCCAUGGCAAGCGCCGGCGGCACGGAGGAGCCUGCUCUGUUCGUGAAGCAGGGGAGCAAGCUCCACUCCAAGAUGCUCUCCAAGGAGGCGGCGGCGCAGCUCGCCGUGCCGUCUUUCCGGGUGUACUACUCCGUGGCGUCGGCCGGCGCGGUGCCGUUCCUGUGGGAGUCCCAGCCGGGCACGCCCAAGAACGACUCGCCCUCCGCGUCCGCGCUCCCGCCGCUCACCCCGCCGCCGUCCUACUACUCCGCGGACCGGGGCGGCGCCGGCGGCCGGUCCAGGAAGCGCCGCCCGGGCCUCAUCGGCGCCAUCCUCCCCAGGAUCGCCUUCCUCCGGAGGCCCGGCCGGACGGCGCCCUGCUCCUCCUGGUCCUCCUCCUCCUGGUCAUCGUCGAGCUCCAACACGUCGUCGAUGUCGCCCGUGUUCACCGUGCAGUCCUCGCCGGCCGCGAGGGGCUCCCGCGGCCACCGGCGCGCGUUCUCGGCCGGCGGCGCUGGCGACGACGCCGAAGCCGCGCCGCCGCGGUGCUUCUGGACGGAGCGCGACUGCUGCGAGAAGGGGGUCGUCAGGGGGUGCGGCGUCGCGGUGGCCGUCAGGAACGCGCUGGCCACGGUCGUCGGCGGCAAGCCCGGCCAUCGAGCCACCGCAGCGUAGAGGGAGGCCUGAUAAUAUGGCUAAAGUUGAGGGUGUGCUUUGCAUUUUGCUGCAGCAUGUUACUCUAUGUGCUUUGUAGUAACCUAACGUGCCAUGCCAAAAUUGUUCGUGCAUGAUAUGGAACAUAUGACAGUAUGUACGUCAUGUAUGCGUAUGUAUGUGUGUAUGUAACCGUAUAUAUGUAUGUAUAUACGGUCAUGUGUAGUCUGGUCCUGCAAAUACGUGUGAUUUUUCCCAAAGUUGUUGAGUGUAUCACUACAUAAACGGUAGGGAUAGUGGUUGUAGAUCUAAAAGAUGGUACUCAAUAUUCUCUUUGAAUUUCUCUUCUCAGUGUCAUGGAAGAUUGGAACUUAUAUA